AUGGCCAGUUACUUUCUGAAAAUAUUGCUGGUAGUAUUUGUGUGCUUUGUGCAUACCAAUGUUUCCAUUCUGGGAUUCAACUCGCCAUCACAGACUUCACAUGUCAAAUGCUUAGAGAGGGAGAGACAAGCACUCCUCAGCUUCAAACAAAGUAUUCAAGAUUACCAUGGCAUGCUGUCUACGUGGAGGAACGAUGACAAUAGAAGUGAUUGCUGCAAAUGGGAAGGUAUUGAAUGCAACAAUGAAACUGGUCACAUAGUGAAGCUUGAUCUUCAUGGCUCAGAAUCACACCUUUUGGCUGGUCUAAUCAAUAUCACUUCAUUGCUUGACUUGCAAAAAUUGGAAUAUUUGGAUCUCAGUUUUAGUGAUUCUCUCGGUGGAACUCAAAUUCCAAAAUCCAUCGGCUCCUUUCAAAGCUUAAGAUAUCUCAAUCUUUCAUACUCAAGUUUCACAGGAAAAAUUCCUUUUGAACUGGGAAAUCUCGCGUUGUUAGAGUAUCUUGAUCUUCAAGCAACUUAUCUUCAUGGAGCAAUCCCUUCUGAACUAGGGAAGCUUCCAAGUUUACGAUAUCUAGAUCUAAGUAACAAUAUUGAUAAUAUCUAUGGAGAAGUUCCUUGUCAACUUGGAAAUCUCUUACAUUUGAGGUAUCUUGAUCUUUCAGGAAAUUCCCUUUCUGGUUCAAUUCCCUCCCAACUUGGAAGUCUGUCACACUUGAGAUAUCUUGAUCUAGGAAAUUCACUUUCUGGAACACUCCCUUUCCAGGUUGGAAAUCUUCCUCUCUUGAAUUCUCUUAGACUUGGUGGCAAUUUGGAUCUUACAAUUAAUGAUGCAAAGUGGUUAUCUUCUCUCUCUUCAUUAAAAACUCUUGUCCUCGAUUCAUUUCCUAACCUUGGCUUCUCUCGUCAUUUGCUCCAAAUGAUCAGUCCGCUAAUCCAAAACUUAAGAGAGUUGAGUCUAGUCGACUGUCGUCUUUCGGAUGAUCAUAUUUCAUCUCUGUUUCCUUCUCAUUCCAACAUUUCCACUUCUCUUUCCAUCCUUCAUCUCUCUUACAAUAUGCUGACAUCAUCAACAUUUCAAUUGUUGUCCAACUACAGCCUUAAUCUCCAGGAGCUUUAUCUUUCUGCUAAUAACAUUGUCUUGUCGUCUCCUCACUAUCCAAACUUUCCUUCUCUUGUGAUCCUUGAUCUCUCUAAUAAUAACCUCAGUCUGACAUCACCAAUAUUUCAAGGAAAUUUCAAUUUCAGCAGAAAACUACAAGAACUUUAUCUAGGCAAUUGUAAUCUUACCGAUGAAAAUUUUCUUGUGCCAACCGUUUCAAUUAAGGAUUCUACAUCUUUACUUGUCACCCUUGGUCUCUCCGGAAAUAUACUGAAAUCAUCGGCUGUAUUUCACUGGGUUUACAACUUCACCACCAAUCUUCAAAACCUUAUCCUCUACGACAACUUGUUAGAAGUUCUCAUUCCCGAUGGAUUUGGGAAAAUAAUGAACUCUCUCAAAGUUCUUCAACUUGGAUCUAACAAACUGCAAGGCGAGAUUCCGGCUUCCCUUGGGAACAUAUGCACAUUGCAGGAAUUACACCUUAGCCAUAACAACCUGAGUGGGGAAAUUUCUAGCUUUAUUCAGAAUUCUUCAUGUUUUACAUCUCUGAGCAUAUUAGAUCUUUCCAAUAAUCAGUUAACCGGAGAAAUACCAAAAAGCAUCGGGUUGCUUUAUGGGUUGCGGUCUCUUCACCUUGAGGAGAAUUACUUGGAGGGUGAUAUCAAUCAAAUGCAUCUCACAUACUUGUCUAAAUUGAUAGACUUGGACUUAACCGACAAUUCCUUAGCUCUAAACUUUGAUUCUACCUGGAUUCCACCCUUCCAACUAUUUAAUUUGGGGCUAGCUUCUUGCAAAUUGGGUCCUAACUUCCCAAGCUGGCUUCAGUCUCAAAUUCGCCUAAGCUUCCUGGAUAUUUCUGAUGCGGGGAUUCAUGACUUAGUACCAGAUUGGUUUUGGAACAAGUUACAGUCUAUAAGUGAGAUGAAUAUGUCUUACAACAGUCUCAAAGGUCAAAUUCCAAAUUUACCGAUCAGUUUUGUCGAUGAUGAUCCAGUGGUAAUAAUUCUAAAUUCAAAUCACCUUGAAGGUGCUAUUCCUACAUUUUUGUCACAAGCUGGAACAUUGGAUCUGUCAGAAAAUAAUAUUUCAGAUAUAAAUACAUUCUUGUGUGCAAGUAGAACAACAAAAAACAUGCACACUUUGGAUGUUUCAAAUAAUCAAAUAAUGGGACAACUUCCGGACUGUUGGGAACAUCUAAGUUCACUAAAAUUUCUUGAUCUAAGAAAUAAUAAAUUAUCUGGGAAGAUUCCACAGUCCAUGGGUAAUCUUGAUAAGUUGCAAGUUUUGGCAUUAAGAAACAACAAAUUUAUUGGAGAACUGCCACAAACAUUGAUGAACUGCUCUAGUUUAGCUUUAUUAGACGUGAGUGAAAAUUUAUUGUCUGGUUCAGUACCCUCAUGGAUUGGGGAAAGUGUGCAACAAUUGAAAAUCUUGAGCUUGCGACGAAAUCUCUUCUUUGGAAGUGUUCCUGUACAACUCUGCUCUUUGAGCCAAAUUCAAGUCUUGGAUCUCUCAAGGAAUAAGUUGUCAGGAGAAAUUCCAACAUGUCUGAGAAAUUUUACUACAUUGAUGGAAAUGAGCGUCAUUCCUAGGGAAAUUGUAAGGGAACGAAAAAUUUCAUCUCUAGAGUCUUAUGCUGAUAUUUAUGACUCUUACUUGCUAAUGACUUGGAAAGGUCAUGAUUAUGAGUUUUGGAAUCCAGAGGGUCUUCUAAAAAGCAUCGACCUUUCAAGUAAUGAUUUAACAGGUAAAGUACCCAAAGAGAUUGGAUAUUUACUUGGAUUGGUUUCUUUGAAUUUAUCAAGAAACAACUUUCAUGGAGAAAUUCCUUCUGAGAUUGGCAAUUUAAGUCUGCUAGAAUUCCUGGACUUAUCAAGAAAUGAUUUCUCUGGCAAUAUUCCUUAUACUCUUUCCAACAUUGAUCCUCUUGGAGUGUUAGACCUAUCAAACAAUAAUCUCAGCGGAAGAAUUCCUGGGGGAAGACAUUUGCAAACCUUUGAUGCCUCUAGUUUUGAAGGAAAUAUUGAUCUUUGCGGCGAGCAACUUAACAAAAGUUGUACAGGAGAUGAGAGAACAGUACAACCUGAAGGAGUAGCAAUGGAUGGAGAAAAUGGGAAUUUAGGUUUCUAUGGAGCACUAUACAUGAUCUUGGGACUAGGAUUCUUUACAGGCUUUUGGGGUUUACUAGGGCCAAUUCUACUUUGUCGAGCGUGGAGAUUUGCCUACGUCAAAUUCUUGGACAGAGUGGUGGACUAUAUUCUUGUAAUGGUUGAAGUGAACGUUGGCAAGUUUCAUCGGUGGCUCAAAGCCUAG